UUUUCCCUUUUUGAGUCAUAAUCACACACUUUUUUUUGUUGAAGAAAUCACACACGUUAUAUAUUGUGUAUUUUGUACAUUAUCCUACAAGCUAUUCUUCUAUGUAGAAUAGAAGUUAGUAAUAUUAUUUAUUUAUGAGUAUUAUUGUGAAUAUUGCUAUUUUUAAGAAUUUAAAAAGAAGCAGUGCAUAGUUACAAAUACAAACAGAUCUAAGUGAAGUGAAUCUGAUCAUCAUCGUCAUCGUGGAGAUUCAAACAAAUAUAAGAAAGAACGCAUUGUCGAUCUCGAUGAGCUCGCCUUCUCUUCCCGUAUCACAGUCACAGGGCACAAGAACGCUAUCGUCUGUGUCGGUGUCUGGAUUCACACGACUCUGCAAAGGUCUCGCUCUCGUUCUCGUUGCAGCCCACGCUGUUCUUUACUUCUUCCCUUCCGCUCUCACCUACCUCGCCCUCAUUCCCGCCAGGACAAUACCAUUUGCCUGGAAUCUCAUUACAGCCGGUUACGUUGAACAAACUGUUCAUGGGGUAGUUAUCAGCAUAGUUUGUCUUCUGUUGAUUGGCAAGCUGCUUGAACCAGUAUGGGGUCCCAGGGAAUUUAUAAAGUUCAUCUUUAUAGUUAACAUCUUAACUUCUCUCUGCAUUUUCAUCACUGCUAUUGCUUUGUACUACAUUACAAGACAGGAGAUUUAUCUCUACACACCACUUUCUGGAUUUCAUGGAGUCAUAUCUGGCUUCUUGGUUAGCAUCAAGCAAAUUAUACCAGAUCAAGAGCUUCCUUUCGUCAAUAUAAAAAUGAAGUGGCUACCAUCUAUCGCUUUAUUGUGUUCUAUUGCUCUGAGCUUCUGGAUAAUAGAGGCAACAACAUAUCUCCCAACUGUUAUAUUUGGUACAUACAUGAGCUGGAUUUACCUGAGAUACUGGCAGAAGAAGCCAGAAACAAAGCUUAAGGGUGACCCAAGUGAGGAUUUUGCAUUCUCUACAUUUUUCCCAGAGAUUUUAAGACCAGUAAUAGAUCCUAUUGCAUCAAUAUUUCAUCGAAUGCUCUGUGGAAGAUCUGAUGCUUCUAAUGAUGCUGAAGAUUAUGAUCUUGGAAGUGAACAUUUGCCAGGUUCUGACCCCAUUGAGGCAUCUAGGAGACGAGAAAGAGGUGCCCGAGCACUGGAAGAAAGGUUGGCUAACGAGAGGCUGGCUACUUCGCGGAGUGCAGGGGAGUUGCAAACAAAUGCUGCAGGAAAUGUAUAAUUCCCUAGAUUUUGUAAAUUCAGAUAAGUUCGGCCAAUAUGAAACUAUCAUGAGCAACAUUAUCACAGUUGGUACAGAAAUUAUAAUUUUUUUGUUUGUCCUAAAGGAAUAUUUUAAUUUGCAUGUAUUUGGACUGUGAUCUUCAUGAGAGUGGAGUUUCUAUUCCUUGUGUCAGAUAAUUGAGCUGUCUCGUGUACUUAUCAAAUAUAUUGACUAUACAACUGCAUGGAAGGUUGUUUUUUUUAUAAGCAACUGCA